AUGAUUGGUUCAUAUAAGGAUAAGGUUUUGUGUGAUGUGUUGGACAUGAGUGCUUGUCACUUGCUGCUGGGCAGACCUUGGCAGUAUGAUAGAAAGACUACAUAUGACGGUUUUGCUAAUACCUACACAGUGAGACAUGAGGUAAAGCUCAAAGCCUUGAUUCCUUUACCCCCACACAAGACCAUACCCCCACCCCUUGGACAAAACCUACAGCUGAUGAAUAGAAAGGCUUGUGAGAGGGAAAUAAAGAGCCAAGAGGAAGUGUAUCUGAUGUUUACUAAAGAGAUAGACCAACCUGUAGACCUACCUGGGGAGGUUAAGCCUUUACUGCAUGAGUAUGCAGAUGUGUUCCCUGUUGAGCUACCGCCUAGACUACUACGCAUUAGGGGCAUAGAACACCAAAUUGACUUGAUACCUGGAGCUGCCCUACCAAAUAGACCUGCCUAUAGGACAAACCAUGUUGAGACUAAGGAGCUUUAG